GACGUUUAGCAAUGUUCUUAUAUCAGCCAAAUAAAUAAAUGAAAAUAUGAUAACCGAUUUUAUAUUACCAUUUAAAAAUUGAUUUUAUACCUAUCUGGCUAUCUGUUAAAAAUUACCAUCAAUAAUUAAUCUACUCCGUGUGAGUGUGGCCGUGUGUUGGUAUUUGAUUAUGGUAAAUAAGAUAUUUUUGUAAAAGCAAGACAUUUCUGGAAUGGUUAGAAACUUAGAACCCUAGAACGGCUAGAACCCUACCUCUGGGUAUGCCACUAUAAUUAUAGUGAAGGCGGUAUUGUUUAUCACUGUAUUAAAGGUAGGUACAUAUUUAUAUAUUAUUAUUUAUUAAAUUCUAUUAUGCUGUGAUGUAGCUACUGUACCAUGGUUGUAGCAUUAUAGCUAUUAUUUACAUUUCAAACAUUUUCACAGUGGGAUAAGUUACUCUUCUAGGGGAUUGGAAGCAGUGAUUUUCUGUCUUUGUCUAACACACGUAAAACAUAGGACUUAAGACGUGAUUUUAUUCCAACGUACCGAUUGAUCUAGUGAAUCGAUAAGAAUUCUAAAAAUAGAUUUGAAUUUUUCGUCAAGUCUACUUGAGAUCAACGUUCCCAGAUUUUUUAUUUUUUAUUUUAACUUCUACAAAAAUUUAAAUAUUCCAUUUCCUUUUAAGUAGGAUUUUUUUCAGGAUUUAGAGGGAUAAAAUAAAAAAUGUGGAAAAGUCGAUCUCAAGUAGAUAGUGUUUGAAACAAAAAUAAUUUGUUUCUGUGCGUCACAGUAUAUUCAGUACCUAAUCAGGUAUAAGUACUUAUUUGUUACAACGAACUUUACGGAUCAUUUAUAAUACAUUAUAAAAGUCUAAACGUAGUUUUCGUUUAAUAUAUUAACUUGACCGUAUCAGAUCAAUAUGUCAAAUAUUGUAGCACCGGAAACUUCGCCCAAAUCCAUGAUCCAGUCCGUGACCGACAAUUAUUUCGAGGUUUUCGACGUGCUCCAGCCAAAUCGAGCGAAAACGUUGGAAUCUCGAGAUAUCAAGAGUUCACAGGCGCACGGGCGAUAUAAAUCGACGCCUAAUGUGGCUCUGCACAAGAACUCCGCAGGUGCAGAUGAACCCGAGACAAGGUGGCCAAUUAUGCGACGGUAUAAAUCGAUGCCUAAUAUGGCUGUGCAACGAACUAACUUCGCAGACGAAUCAGACGAUGUACCCGAUUAUAUCGAGUUACCUUCCAUCGCAUCCAUGGUGGAGUUGCAAGUUUCGACAGAUUUAUCGUCCACCGAGUUGUCAGUAACGGCGGCACCUGCCACUGCAGAAGUUGACGAGAUCGAGGCGCCGUCCAACAUCUCGUCAUCUUUGCCACGUCAUGUUCGGCCGAUCGAAGCCGACGUGCUGCAGUCUAGUCCGACGUACAACACGGCAGCGCUGCAGUUUCACGGUGACGAGUCUAUAAAUUGUUCGGCGAAACCAUCGGUCCACCAGGCAAAUGGUAUCCAGGAUAUGGUGGUAACCCGCGGUGGCUGCAGUGAUGCAGCCACGAACCCGACGGUAACCGCGGUAAUUCUCAAACGCCGCUCUCUGUAGAGC